AUGUCUUCCAGUUACGUUCUCUAUAACUAUACACCAUCAGUGGCAGCGGCAGCUAUCUUUGUUAUCCUGUUCAUCGUUGCUACUUGCUGGCAUAUCUUCCUUGCUGCCAAGUAUAAGCUCAAGUUCUUGAUUGCUUUCAUCAUUGGCGGACUCUUUGAGGCCAUGGGUUAUAUAGCCCGUGCAAUUAACGCGAAUGAAUCACCGUCAUAUUCCGUUAUGCCUUAUGCCCUACAGAGUGUCUUUAUCCUUCUCGCCCCAUCAUUUUUUGCGGCGUCAGUCUAUAUGAUCCUUGGUCGUAUUAUUCGUGGAGUUGACGGGAACUCCAACUCUCUUAUUCGUACCACUCGAUUAACAAAAAUAUUUGUUUGUGGAGAUGUUUUAUCAUUCUUUAUUCAAAGUGCCGGAGGCGGAAUGCUUUCCAGUGCCAACUCAGCAAGUAGCCUCAAGUUAGGUGAAAAUAUCAUUGUUGGUGGCUUAAUUGUCCAGAUUCUCUUUUUCGGUUUCUUCGUCAUCGUUUCUGUUGUCUUUCACAGGCGUAUGAAUGCCCAUCCAACCUCAACGUGGCUCAACUCUUCAGUCCAAUGGGGGCGAUAUAUGUACGUGCUUUACGCUGAGAGCACAAUGAUCAUGGUUCGUUGCAUCUACCGAGUGAUCGAAUAUAUCCAAGGAUCAUCGGGCACUCUACAGAGCCAUGAAGCUUUCGCGUACAUUUUCGAUGCCACUUUAAUGCUUUUGGUGAUGGUAAUUUUUAUUUGGAAGCAUCCUCAUCAGAUCAUGACCAAACAACCUCAACAGGGAGAUGAGACUGAGCUCAUUUAUGGACGCCUGGGCUGA